UAGUACUGUUCACACAUUAACUUGUACAAUAUUCUAACGGAUUUCUUUGUGUUUUAAUUUCUUUGUUUGGAUUAUACUAAUUCACAUCAUGACCUUUACUGAAUCUGGAGAAGUAGUCGGAAUGGAAAAAAUACAAAAAAGUAAAAAACCAAUUGGAGAAGUACUUCAAGAAUGUUUGUGGCAAGCUAUCGAUCACCAAAGGAUAACGUCUGGUGUUUUUGAAUGUGCAAAGCUGUUGCACUGCAAUCCAGAAAAUGUUAUGAUUUGUGUUUUACCAGAGGCUGAAAGUGAAAAUAUUUCAAUUCAUAUUCAGCAUACUUUAAUUGAGGCUUUCUGUUGGGAAAAUGACAUUCGAAUCUUGAAGGUAAAAAAUGCAUCUAGCCUGAGUAAAUGUUUGUACACUUUUCAAGAUGGCGACGAGAAAAGAAUCAUCCCUGACGAUCUAAGUUGUAUGCUGGUUGAAUAUCCUAAAGGCAGAUUAAGUGUAGAAGACGAAACUAUAUCAGAUUUUUAUGAAGAGAUGAUAGCAAGCGACAUUUUUCCUAAACCAGUUAUUGAACUUCCUGUAUGAAGAGUUCAUCUCAUCAUUUCAUCUUUAAAACCAAUAUGAUGGAUUUCCUUAAAUCCUUCAUCAAAUAAGAUUGACGGCAAGUCAGUGAUUAGAUAAACAGCACAAACAACCAAAAAACAUCCAUAACAUCGUCAUUGUGGAACAUUGAGAGAUUGAGAGGGAGGUGGGGUCUGACUGGACCAGCUAAAUGGUCGACGGUGGGAGAAAGCAGACGACACUUAAAUACUCAGAUGUUGAGGUUGAUGCUGAAGUUCUUAAUACCAUAUGAUAGUCAUGCGGAUUCAGACUGGAGUGAGGGACGCCUGCUACAGUGGCGUGGACUUUGACCAAACAGAAUGGAAUGGGUCAUUACUGGAUCUGCUAUUUGUUCAUUCAUUCAUUGGAGAGGUGGAAUAGACCUUCAUCUUUUUAAAGACGCUAAAGCUUUUAUAUUGUGAAGAAAAUACGACCAGAACUCAGUAAUCAGUAAUAUUGCUGCAGUGGAUUCUCAAAGUUGCAAAGGUGCAAUGGAUCUUUUACAAAAAGCAAAGAAAGACGGCCACUAAACCAACCGAAAUAACUUUUCUUUCACAAUACAGUGUGCCAAGUGGUUGUUUGGCGCCAAAAAAAGGCACCAAAGAUUUCCAGAAGUGAGACGUCUUAAAGAAGUGCAUCGGAAGUGCUUUGUGUAUGAUAGAACGUUUUUUUUUUCAGACUUAAGUUUUAGUAAACUUGAAAGCUUAUUAUAAUUUUUCCCACAUUUUAUUUCAUGUUGUUAUUUUCCUUUAUGAGUUAAAAAUUAUGACUUAACAAUUUCCUUAUACUGGGAGUACUUCGUGUGGUCCAAGUAGGAAAACUGGCACAUGUUGACUUUUAAUUAUUUCCGUCUUGGCUAGUCUUAUGUUUUUAACUACUUGUAGUUCAGUACCCUGGCAUACUUAUGUAAUGUUUGUCACAUUUUGGUCAUGAGUCACUCACAUGGGUUAAACAGCUGAUCGAAAGAAGUGGGAAUUUACGCGGAAUGUCAAUUUUUCCUGUUUACACUGAAUUCCAAAAUUUAUGAAAAGUUAGCAUAUUUUGGCGCGAGUAUUCAUAUUGAUUCAUGUAAACAACCAUCCUUCCCUAGAAUUAUUUAUCUUCGUUAGCAUUAUUUUAUAUUCAUCAAACAUUAGAAAAAUUGUGUAUUUUGUUCAAUAAAAUAUAGAAAAAUUA